AUGGAUAAUUCAGGAGAAAAAUUAGAUUUAGAGGAUUAGCAAACCAAAACAAUUUAAGAUUCCUAAGAUGAUGAUACCUUAAAUACUAAUAAGUCAGAGUUUGUUGAUAAUCAUUAAGAUAUCAAUCAUGACCAAUAAAAUCUCAUUGCAUCAUUACAAGAAGAUUAUUAAAGUUAACUAGAUUAAGCCAAAAAAGAAAAUGAAUCGCUUGUCCAAUAAAUUUAAUCUUUGAAAGACUAGUGUAAUUAAUAAGGUCAAAUGAUAGAGGUCAACAAUAUAGAAUAUCAAACAAUAAUUAAAUCUCAUGAAAAUGUUAAUAUGGAAUUAACUCAAAAAUAUGAGAAAGAGUGUUUAGACUUUUAAUAAGAAAUUUAAAGACUUCAAAAUAGAGAAUCAGAUUUAUUAAUUGAGAUCCAAAAUUUAAAAGAUUAAAUCGAAUAAAUUACUCAAGAUCAUCAAAAAGCUUAAGAAAAAAUAUUACUUUAGAGUGAAUUAAUAGAUCAAAUAAAACAAGAAAAUCUUGUUAAUAAAAAUACUUUAGAAGAAAAUUCUAAUUUGAAAUAAGAGAUCGAAACACUGAAUUAAAAGGUUCAAGAUUAAUUACUUUAAAUUGACAAGUUAAAUGAUAAUCUAAUAAAUGAAAAACAAUAAGAUAAAGAAUUAUUCCUAUUGGAAAAAUAGCAACUCUAAACUUAACAUGAAACUUAUCAAUCUGAAUUAUUAAAUGAAAUUGAAGCUUUAGCAUAAUUAUUGAAAAAAUCUGAAUUAGAACAUUAAUAGAUUGAUGCAUAAUAAGAAUAAAGUAGGAAAGAAAUGGAAAUAGUAACAGAAAAAAGUUUAGAAUUAGAAAAUUUAAACAAUGAGUUGACUAAGCAAUUAGAGGCAUUGAAUAUAAUGGUGCAAGAUCUGAAUUAAUAAUUCUAAGCUUAAGAAAGGCAACAUUCUAUUUUAAAAGAAUAGUCAAUCUAAGAUAUUGAAAUCAAAAAUAAAGAAUUGGAAAUUCUAAAUUAAUAGAUCUAAAAUGAAUUGCAAUAAAAAGAAUAGCUUGUAUCAAAUAAUCUAAGUUUAUCGGAAAAAGUUCAAGAAUUAGAAAAUUUAAUUAUUCAACUUAGGAAUUAGUAGAAGAUUUCGGAAGAAAAAUCUCAAUUGGAGAUUGAAGUUAUGUAAUUAAGUUUAGAGGAUGCCUAAGAAAAAGAAAAACAGAGCAUUGAACAAGAAAAUAUUCUAAAAGUUAAAUUUUAAGAAUUAAGUGUAAAAUAUGAGGCAUUGGAAAAAUAAUUAAGUGAAACUGAGACAUUAAAACAUGAAGAGAUAUCAUAAUUAAAAAAAGAAUUAGAAAUUUAAUAGAAUCUUUCUGAAGAAUUAUAAAAUAAUUUAGCUUCACUUAAUGAAAACCAUAAAAAUGAAUUGGAAUAAUUAAAAAUUGCAAUGGAUGAAUAGUAUAAAUUUAAUCAUGAGUAAGAAAGAUAAAGUAUCAUGUAGCAAUUACAAAUAGAAACUUAAUAAUAAUCUGAAAUCUUAUAAUAGCAAUAAGGAUUAUAGACUAUUGAAGUAGAGGAAUUAAAAGAGUAAAUUCAACAACUAGAAAUUUAAAAUCUAGAAUAGAAGAAAUUAUUAUUGGAACAAUUAGAAAAAAAAGAAAAAGAAUAUUAAUAAGAAGUUGAUUUAUUGACUAGAUAGAGAAUGGAAUAAGAUGAAAUAAUCCAAUCUCUUUAAAAGUCUUAGACACUUUUAAAAGAAAAGGAUUCAUAAAUAGAUUAAUUGAAUUUGCAAUUAUGUGCUAAUUAAGAGGAUCAGUAUAAUAUGGAAUAAAAAUACGAAAACAGAUUACUAUUAUAAAAAUAGAAACAUGAAUCUCAGAUAGAUGAUCUACAUAGGCUGAUUCAAGAAUUGAAAUAAUAAUUGGAAACUGUGGAAAGUGAAGGGAAGAUGAUGUAAAAUAGUCUAAAUGAUAUGGAAGUUUUAGAUUUUAAAUGUAAGGAAUUGAAGACAGAAAAUGAUGAUCUUAAAUAAAAAAUUCAAGAAAAAUAAGCUUAGAUUGAUGAGCUUAAAUUAAAGGUUGAAGUGAACAAUGAUUAGAAUGAAUAAGAACAAGAUAAAGAUACUUAAAUAGAAGAGUUAAACGCCUACAUAUUAAAGUAAGAGGAAGAUUAUUCAGAUUAAUUUGAAAAAUUGGGAACUUAAAUAGAAAAGUUGAAGAAUUAAAUCAAAUAAUUGGAACUAGAUAAUUAAGAAUAAUAAAGAGUCAUUGUAUAAUAGUAAACAUAAAUAUAAACAAUAACUUAAUAAUAGUAAUCUCAAUUACAAUCUAUAUUAUAAUAAUAACAAUAGUAAUAACAAUAACAGUAAAACUAAUUAUAACAAUAGCAAUAACAAUAACACUAACAAUAGCACUAAUUAUAACAAUAACAAUAACAAUAUUCCUAAUAAUAAUAAUAAUAAAUUAAAUAAAAUGCAGAUUAAGGUAAUAUAAACCCUUAUUUAUCUAAUAAUUAAUAGGCACAUGCUUAAGAGAAAACAGUAACAAUACCUGUAAAGGAGUUAUAAAAUUGGGAUAAGAAAUCAAAAGAUUAAUAAAAUUAGAUUAAAUUAUUACAAACAGAAAUUACUUAAUUAAAAUAGCUCCAAGAGGAAUAAGCAAAAGUAUUAAAUACUAAACAGCAAAAAACUAAUCUGUCUAUGGAAAGUCUAGUUUAAAAAUGCUAGGCUUUAUAAUAAAUAAUCGAUGAUAGUAGUGUUAUAAAUUCUAAAAUGAGUGCUGAAUUAGGAUUGUAUAAACAAUAAAAUUCAUAACUUAAAGAAGAUUUAAAGUUAUGUAAUUCAGAACUACGAGAUUUGAGAAUUAUAUCCCAGAAUAAAUUUAAAUUAGAAAGUGAACUUUAAUAAGCAUUAAAUACUUUAUCUGAAUAUCAAGACUAAUAGAAUGUAAUAAUAUUUUGUCAAUAAAUUUAUAGUUAAUAAAACAACUUGAGAAGGAUAAUGAGAGAAAAAAAGAAGAGUUGGAUAAUAAUUCAAAGUAGCUUAAAUAAAAUGAAAAGUAAAGAAUAAAGGUAAAUUAAUCUGUAAAUUCUAGUUAUAAGAAAAGUAUGAUGAAGUGUGUGAAGAAUUAGCCAAGACUUAAAGAUAAUUAUAGAAUACACAAUCAGAAUUGGACCAAAAAUCGAUAAAAUUAAAAGAUUUGGAGAAGAUAUUGUCAACUUAAUUUUAAGAGUUUUCCAUUUUAGAGUAAAAGUAUAAUGAUUAAAAUUUGGUUAAUGAUGAAUUAAGAAAUCAGUUGAAACUCUUACAGAAGAAAUACGCUUAGGAAACUGAAUAAUUAACACAGGACUUAAUGUUGAAAUAAAAAUAAUUGAUGCAAUUAGAGGAAUAGAAUCAUAAUAUGUCUAAAGAUUUAUAAAUGAUGAGAGAUAUGUAGUUUAGAUAAAAGCCAGUAGUUGAUGCCCCAUUAACAAAAAAAGAAAAAAUAGUUGUUGAAUCGUUGGCGAAUAGAGUUCAAGAAUUGGAAAUUCAAAACAAAACAAUAAGAGAUUAAUACAAUAGCAAAAUUACUGCAUUGACAAAUCAAUUAGAAGAAAAAAUAGCAUACAUAUAAUCUUUAGCAUACAAUCUCACCAAGGCAUAUCCCAGUUUGUCAGAAGCAGAUUUGUAAUAAUUUCAAUAUUAGAUUUAGAAUUGAUAAAGAAGACAUUAAGUUAAUAUAAUCCUUAAGAAAGAAAUAAAACGUGUAAGACAUUUUAGAAGUAUAAAGAUAUUCAUAUUUUAGAAAACCAUGAUUGAAAAUUUACAGUUAAGAGAUUAAAUAAAAUUACUAGGGGCUGAGUUGAAUAAAAGAAGAUGA